AUGACUGCCACUUCCAUGGAACUCAAGGAUCUAGCGCCGUUAUUGCUCAAGAAAGAGCGUGCUACUGGUGACAUUGAUCCAUUAGUGCUUACUAAUGUCUUACGUGAUGGAAAAGCAGCCAAUGACCGUCGUAAGGAGCUCAUACAAGUCAUUGCACACCAUCCAGUCCUCUCGGAUCGUGAUAUGAUGUUCCGUAACCACACGGAACGCUAUGAAUUUGGACUAAAGAAGGCGUUUUACUAUGUAAGACUUGUGCGUGAGGGUGGAUAUGAAGACCCAAAGGACCAGCAGAUUUUGUAUCAAGCACUAGGUGAACCUCUUGCCUUAGAAGUGCAUCGAUCCAUGUUCAUUCCAACACUAGAGAACCAAGGAGACGAUGAACAACGUGCAAAAUGGCUGCCGCUGGCCAAGAACUACACGAUGCUAGGAGCUUAUGCUCAAACGGAACUUGGUCAUGGAUCCAAUGUACAGGGCAUUGAGACAGUUGCAACUUACGACAAAUUCACUCAAGAGUUCAUCAUUGACUCACCUACACUGACGAGUCGUAAAUGGUGGCCAGGAGGACUAGGAAAGACAGCCAAUCAUGCCAUUGUGCAUGCGAGACUGUACGUGGAAGGAAAGGAUGUGGGUGUUCAGGCUUUUUUGGUGCAGAUUCGUUCGUUCGAUGAUCAUCAACCACUACCGGGGAUUGAAAUUCGUAUCCCUCGUGAGAAUAUGAUGAUGCGGUAUGCGAAAGUGCUACCAGAUGGGACUUUCAUCGAACCCAAGAGUGAUAAGCUGGUGUACUUGACUAUGGUGAACGUUCGAGCGACGAUGAUCGAGUGUUUUGCGCUGACAAUGGCGAAAGCUGCUGUCAUCACGACGCGGUUCAGUGCUGCGAGGAUUCAAGGACGCACACCAGAUAAUAAGGGAGAAUAUCAAGUGCUGGAUUAUCAGAAUCAGCAACACAAGUUGUUCCCAUUCAUCGCGAUAUCUUACGCUGCAAAGUUUGCUGCUAGUGACAUAAUGGCGAGGCAUGAUGCCGCCGUCGAUAGUGUCAUGAGUGGCGUUGCUGGGUUUGGUGUCAAGCUGGCUUCACUGCACGCGGUUUCUUCGGGGCUCAAGGCUUGGCUCGCAGAAAAGGUAAGCGACGGUGUUGAGUCGUGCCGUCGCCUUUGCGGUGGUCACGGCUUUACGCAGUCUGGCAAUUUGGCACACCUUUUCAACGAAAUUGUAGGUGCGAAUACAUUCGAGGGCACUUUUGACGUGCUGGUGCAACAGCAUGCACGAUACCUGCUAAAGGUGCUUGCUGGGGUAGAGAAACUUGACGAAAGUGAGCCUGCUACCCGAUUCCUUACCAAGAUUGAGGCGUACGCGGAUCCCACGUUGCGCUGCUCUGCGCAGUCUUCUGAAGCUUUUGAAGAUUUAAAUCUCCUCGUGGAAGCUUUUCAAGUACGCGCUGCGCGUACUUUGCUGGUACUAAGUUCUCAAAUGGAGGUUACUGAAAACAACAGCAACGCCUGCAUGGUGUUAAUGUCGCGUGUUUCCACCGCACACGUAGAGCUCAUGCUUCUCGAAGGUUUUGUAAACGGCAUCAGAGACAUUCCUUCUGGCCCUGAACGGAGAUCAGUGACUCAGUUGUGCUCGCUACUUGGAGCAUGGCUUAUCACUAAAUCAACUGGUGACUUUCGUCAGCACGAUUAUCUCUCUUCCAACCAAGCCGACCUUAUUCGUGAACAUGUUGUACAGCUACUGUCGGUCAUCCGGAAGAAUUGCGUGCUACUAACGGAUGCCUGGGAUUUCAGUGAUUUUGAGUUGAACUCAACAAUUGGACGCUAUGACGGUGAUAUUUAUCGCGCAUUAGUACGACGUACAGCUGACGAGCCGCUGAAUAAUACGCAGAUUCCAGACGGCUAUGAGCAGUACUUGAAACCGCUGAUUCAAUCGGAUCUAUAG